AUGGUCACCAAGCUGCGUGAUGAGGAGGGCGAGUACACGAGACUCGACUUCCUCAACUUCCUCUCCCCUGCCGAGUCCGACGAUGAGGAGCCCAGAAGCACGCUUCCUCCGCAUCAGUCCAGUUUGCUGUUCGCCAUGAGCGACGUUGAUAUGUACAACCCGAAGGACGUGAGUGGGCUAGAUGACAGCGCGCUAGCAGUGCUCGACGCGACCGCCUGCGUGAAGAGCGGUGCCAUGUUGGACAAGGCAACGCAAUAUUCGUACUACCUGCGAUCAAGCUUUGACCCUGCGUGUCUCGAUGCCCCCGUAAUCCAGAACAUCGUGGCGUCAGCCCACGUGGGUCGUGAUCUCGACUUGCGUGAGUUGGCGAUAUCUACCCGCAACGCCGAGUACAACCCUCGUAAGUUCAACGCGCUGAUAGCGCGUAUACGCGAACCGCGCUGCACCGCGCUGAUAUUCCGUACCGGUCGUGUGAUGGUAACUGGGUGUAAGACGGUGGAUGCGGCUCAUUUGGCCGCGAAGCGCAUAGCCAAAUUGAUUCGCCGUGAGUUCGGCGGCCCGCUGCACUUCGCGGAGUUCAAGGUCGAGAACAUCGUGGCAUCGUUCAACUGCAACGUGCCCAUCCGGCUGGAACGUCUGUACGAGGAGCACAAGCUGUUCUGCAACUACGAGCCCGAGAUCUUCGCCGGUCUGGUGUACAGGUUCGCUCUGCCUGACGGCAACGAGGCUGUCUUAUUGAUAUUCGUGUCCGGCAACGUCAUCAUCACCGGCUGCCGGUCACCUGAUGAGAUCCAGAUGAUCCACACACACAUGUUCCCCCUGCUGCAGGAGUACAAGCAAUGA